CUUGCUGAGGGCCAGGCGCAUUGGCUGGAGGGGGCUGUCACUCUCCCCCCCCCGCCCCGGUGGAGGUGGGGAGGGCUCUGAGCGAGCGGCUGCUACGUGCGCGAGCGAUUGAGUGAGUGAGUGGGAGACUCUGUUUUGGGUCGUAUUGCAAACAGUUGGGGAGAGUGAGCGUGGCAGGGAGCGCGGGGCUGAGCCGCCGCAGAGAGUGGCCAUGGCUGUCUCCUCCGCGCCUCCCGUCAUCUCGGCAACUUCCAGCAGCGCCAGCAGCAGCGGCAGCGUGGGGGGCCCGGGGGGCUUGUUCCGGGCAGACCCCCUCUAUUCCUCCAGCCCCUCCGAGUCCCCUAGGCUCACCAACAGCCUGGUCAACAGUUUCCUGGCUUCCAGCGGCGGCGGUGCGGGCACGGGAGGCGGCGGAGGGGGUGGCAGCAACGAGUGUAAGAUGGUUGAUCUGCACGGGGUGAAGGUGGCUUCUUUCCUGGUGGAGGGGCAGGAGCUGAUCUGCCUGCCGCAGGUCUUUGAUCUCUUCCUCAAGCACCUGGUGGGGGGGCUGCACACGGUCUACACCAAGCUGAAGCGGCUGGAUAUAUCGCCCGUGGUGUGUACGGUGGAACAGGUCCGCAUCCUGCGGGGGCUGGGCGCCAUCCAGCCCGGCGUGAACCGCUGCAAGCUCAUCACCAGGAAAGACUUCGAAACUUUGUACAACGACUGCACCAACGCCAGCUCACGACCAGGAAGACCCCCCAAGCGCUCUCUGGGAGUUGCAAUACAAGAAAAUGCACGUCUUCUGCCCCAUGGAGUCCCAGGCCUGUUAUCACCAGGACUUAUCUCCCCAACAGAUUUAAGAACUUUGUUUUUUCCUGAUGAAAGCCAGAUAAAGUUUGCAAAGCUCAAGACUCUUCAAAUCCAAGGUCUAACAGCAGCUGCCAUGGCUGAGGCGAUGAAGUUACAGAAGAUGAAGCUUAUGGCAAUGAACAGCCUCCAUGGAAGUGGAAGCCAAAAUGGAACAGAAUCAGAGAACGAAGAGCUCAAUUCUAAUGCAGGUGGGAGUGAAUCCUCCUGGGAUAAAGAGAAACUUCAGUCUCCUAUUACAACAGGAUCACAGCAUGGUGUUGGUCAUGCCACGCUAUCAGGGCAAUCCAGCCUUGGGAGUGCACAUCCCCUCAGUCCUCUCCAGCAAAAUCACCUGCUUACCAACAGGAUAGAUCUGCCAUUUAUGAUGAUGCCCCAUCCUCUCCUCCCAGUCAGCCUACCUCCUGCUUCGGUUGCAAUGGCAAUGAAUCAGAUGAACCACCUCAAUACUAUCGCUAACAUGGCUGCUGCAGCCCAGAUGCAUAGUCCUCUUUCCAGAGCAGGGGCCUCUGUUAUUAAGGAGAGGAUUCAAGACAGCCCUUCUCCUGCUCCAUCCCUGGAAGAUAGUCAGAGGCCUGGGAGUCAUGCUUCUUCACAUCAGAGCAGUAGUGUGUCCAGCUCUCCAUCCCAACUUGACAACACCUCAGAUAGAAUUGCUAUGCUGACCAACACCAGAGAAGGAGAACUCAUUGAUCAAGAUACUGGGACCAAUCUAAAAAAACUCCAGAAGGAGAAAGAAGAGGUCCAAAUUGCUAUUCCAAUAAUGAAACCAACCUUAGAUAAAGUCCAACUGGCUGGACAGACCUUGCCUCCUGGAUUUCCUGCACCAUUUCUUUUUGCUGAUGGUUUAUCAUCAGUAGAAACUCUAUUAACCAACAUUCAGGGUCUACUGAAAGUAGCAGUGGACAAUGCACGAGUCCAGGAAAAACAGAUACAGCAGGAAAAGAAAGAGUUAAAGAUGGAGCUUUGUAGAGAGAGAGAACUGAGAGAGAGCUUAGAAAGGCAACUUACAGCUGAGCUGCAAAGCAGAGCAACAAUUCAAAAGCGCUUGAAGAAAGAGAAAAAAGCAAAGAGAAAAUUGCAGGAAGCCCUGGAGUUUGAAUCAAAGAGGAGAGAACAAGUGGAACAGGCACUUAAACAGGCCACGUCGGGUGAUGGUCUCAGGAUGUUAAAUGAAGCUGGAAUCCCAGACAUGGAAAUAGAACACAAUGGAACUCAACAUGACAGUGCAGCAAUGCAAGAAAACAGAGCAUACGUCAAACCUACUAUUAUGUACUGAAGGAAGCUAUUGUUGAAAAAUAUAUAAUGAUCACUAUUUGAAGACUGUAUAGUACAUGAAAGACAUCCCUUCCAACCUUUGAUGCCUUCAGUACUGUGUGAAGGAUUUGUAGCAUGAAACUUGAAGGACAAUUUCAAGCAAUUUACUGUUGCUGCAUCGAAAACUGCCGUAUUGUCAUUAAGAUAUACUGAGACUUUUUACAAGCUUACCAUACCAAACCAAGCCUGUUGCAACUGAUAAUUUUUAGGUCCCAGAAGAUAGAAAGAAGUUGUAGUAUUUUUAAGCACAUAAAGGAAUUAUUCCCCAAAAAAACUAACUUUUUUUUUAAAGGCGGUAGUGAUUACUGUAUAGCAAUGGCACAAUGAUUUUAUUAAGCCGCAGAUGUCCUCACUGGCUGUACAUCAUACAAGUCCAGUUUAUCACUGAAACUGUUCAACAUAGAGCUGUUUCAAUUGUGUUUAUAAAUUAAGCUUUGUUUACUGAAGCUGAUACUCAAUAUAUUACGUUUUAAAGAAAAAUGUGUGUACAUUUUUUAAAACAAUGAUGUAAAAAUUGUCCUUUCAUUAGAUGACCAAUUCAAGAGUGUGAGCUAAACCCUAAUAGCUGACGUAAUAUGAGGAUUAUAAUUGAUGCUUUUUUAUGCUCAGUUCAGCUUGGCUUUUGGUCUUUUAAGAUAAAAAAUGAAUAUGCAGUAGAGUGUUAGAUAAUGGAAACUUUUAAGUAUGGUUUCUCUGUUGUACCAUAUUAAGUUAAAGUACACAUUCUUUGUUAAAAUGUUCUUGCUAAGAAUACAGUAUUAAAAACUUUUUGUUUGACUUUGGAAAUCUUUUUUUGUUUUUUUGGACAUGGAUUCCCACAGUUUCUAUCCUAAUUCAAAACUGAUAUUUGCACGGAUACAUAUUUUGUUAAAGGAAUUAAUAAAGAGUGGGGGUUGCUACCAAAUAUUU